AAUACCUAUAAGAGAGACCAUCCAUGCGCUCUUAUUAGCACUCAUUGGGCAAAUAUACUCGACAUUUAAUACUCAUACUGCCCAAAAAGUAAAGAGUUUAAUACAUAUAAUCCGUUGUUUCCUUGUAGAAUCCUGCGCUUUCUUGCAUGAGUGCUCAAGAAACAGUCCCCGUUUAUUAAGGAAAAUGUUCUCCUUGUGUCCUUUAAACUAGGAUUAUAUUAGCUAUCGAGUUCCGUGACUUCUGUCUUUUUGAUCCCUUUCAUGAGACCUGACCUUAUUUUCCUGAGGUUUCAAAGCACUAGGUUUUGGAAAGUGCUUUGGUACUAUAUUUUGCCUCCUAUUUUGCAGUUUCUUGACCUUUUUGCAGCUACAAGCUAUAUAUAAGAAGUUAGUUCCAAAGGAAGAGUUGUAGAGUAAUAUUGUUUUGCUAGUAUAUAAAGCCUCUGAGCUUGCCAGGGAACUUCAGUUAUUGUAAUUUUAAUGAGAUAGAUCACUGACCUGUGCAAGGAGCUCAAGAAAGAGAAGCUUUGCAAUUUGAUUGGAAUAUUGAGAUAUAGAUAGAAGAAAUGGAAAGUGGGCUUUAUUCUUCUUUUAAAAGUAGUUCUUUGCUAGAUUAUUUAGAGGCGGACCAGGAGAUGAAACCAGCAUCUUCACUGCCAACAAUCCCUCAACCAAAGACACCAAGAGAGCCUAUGGAGUUCUUGUCUAGAUCCUGGAGUCUCUCUGCUUCAGAAAUUUCAAAAGCUCUAGCUCAAAAGCAGAAACAAUUUUUCACUGAAAAGAAUCCCGAUACAUUUGCAGAGAUAAUUGUGGCACCACAAGCAUCAGCGAAGGUGGUAAACUCUAAAAGUCCAAGGACUGGAUCAUUAGGAAAAUGGUUCCACCACAAGGAAUUCAGUAGUCGUGCAGUGAAGAAGAAAGACAAAGCACGCACCGAAAAUGCUCAUAUGCAUUCUGCUGUAUCUAUAACCGGACUAGCUGCAGCCUUGGCUGCGGUGACCGCUGCAGGAAAUUCUAGUGGCUCCAGCUCCAAAAUGAACAUGGCUUUGGCCUCAGCUACAGAACUCCUCGCAUCACAUUGCAUAGAAUUAGCAGAAUCAGCUGGAGCUGAUCAUGAUCGUAUGGCUUCUGUUGUGAGAUCAGCAGUAGAUAUUAAAAGUCCAGGUGAUCUAAUGACCCUUACUGCAGCAGCAGCGACAGCUUUGAGAGGAGAAGCAGCUUUAAAAGCAAGAUUACCAAAAGAAGCAAGAAGGAAUGCUGCUAUAAGUCCUUAUGAUAGGGGGGUGGCAAACACUCCUUACUGGACUUCUUUAAAUGGUCCAUUAGAAGAACGGGGUCCUCCCUGUUUUGGUGAACUGUUGCAACACACAAAGAAAGGGGCGUUGCGAUGGAAACAUGUCACCGUGUACAUCAACAAGAAAUCUCAGGUCCUAAUUAAGAUCAAAAGCAAACACGUUGGAGGAGCCUUGUCCAAGAAGCACAAAGGUGUUGUUUAUGGAGUUUGUGAUGAGACAACAGCAUGGCGUUAUAUGAAAGAAAGAGAAAGUACUGAAGAAAUGUAUUUCGGCAUCAAAACAGCACAAGGUCUGCAUGAGUUCAAGUGUAAAAGCAAAGUUGACAAGCAGAGGUGGGUUGAUGAUAUAAAAAAUCUUCUGCAACAAGUAAGUUAUGUGGAAGUAACUGACCGCUCACUGAAAUGCUUAAGCAUAAACGAUGGCGCAUAGUAUGAUCCAUGUUUGUAUAUUGCUCCAAGAAUACAGGACAGAUGAAAGUUUGGUUUAAUGAUCUUAGAGUAUGACAAUGGUAUACUAGUGAUAUUACAAAUGAAAAUCCCUCUUAUGUACAAUUUACCUAUGCAAUAUAAGAAAUGCAUACACGAUUCCCCUGUGCA